AUGAGCUGGCAAACUUAAGGGAAGGCUUUGCGAUAUGCGAUUUUUCCUGACUGUCUCCUACUCCAGUGGAAGACGACGAGGUGAAAGUCAAACUGCAGAUUGGGUGAGGAGAAUAUUCCAUUUGGCUCUCACGCACGGACCGGACCGCAUUGGCCGCAGCAUUGAGUGCGAGCGCGCGCGCACACACCCAGACACACACACGCACACGCACCCUGGCACACACUCCUCACUCAUCCAAGGCGAUGCAUUCCGACGCCACGGACCACUCCUCGCUUGAGUCGCCCCAGUUUUAGGAUGGUGCAGAAAUCCCUCAACGGCGGUGUAUACCCAACUCAAGCCGGCGAGAGGAAGCACAAAGUCGGCUUCGUGGGUCUGGAGCCGGGGGGUCCCGAAUCGAGCCGGGACGGGGCGCUGCUCAUCGCGGGAGCGGAGAACAGCACCAAGCGGGGCAGCAGCAUCCUCUGCAGACCCAGAGCGAGCAUCUCCUCCGGGGGCAGAGGCAGACCUCCCAAAAAGAACGCCAAUUACCGCAAGCUGCAGAAUUUUCUCUACAAUGCGCUGGAAAGACCGCGGGGAUGGGCGUUCAUUUACCACGCUUAUGUCUUCCUCCUGGUCUUUUCCUGUCUCAUUCUCUCAGUUUUUGCCACCAUUAGAGAGUUCAAAAAUAGCUCAGAGAGUGCCUUGUACAUUCUGGAAAUCGUGACCAUCGUGGUGUUUGGAGUGGAGUACAUUGUGAGGAUAUGGGCUGCUGGCUGCUGCUGUCGAUACAGAGGAUGGAGAGGGAGGCUCAAAUUUGCCAGGAAGCCUUUUUGUGUCAUAGACAUGAUGGUGCUGGUUGCGUCGGUGUCUGUGCUGGCGGCUGGAUCUCAAGGCAAUGUUUUUGCCACGUCGGCCAUCAGGAGUCUGAGGUUCUUACAGAUCCUUCGCAUGCUGCGUAUGGACCGCCGAGGGGGGACUUGGAAGCUGCUUGGAUCAGUCGUGUACGCCCACAGCAAGGAACUCAUCACAGCAUGGUACAUCGGAUUCCUGUGUCUCAUCUUGGCUUCAUUCCUGGUCUACUCGGUGGAAAAGGAGUCCAACAAAGAGUUUGAGACCUAUGCCGAUGCCCUUUGGUGGGGACUGAUAACUCUUACCACCAUUGGCUACGGAGAUAAAGUUCCCCAGACUUGGAAUGGGCGCUUGCUGGCGGCCACCUUCAGUAUGAUCGGCGUGGCCUUCUUUGCACUUCCUGCCGGCAUUCUUGGUUCUGGUUUUGCCCUCAAAGUUCAAGAGCAGCACAGGCAGAAACAUUUUGAAAAGAGACGCAAUCCCGCAGCAAGCCUCAUCCAGGCUGCAUGGAGGUUUUAUGCAACCAACCUUUCCCGCACGGAUCUGAUAUCCACUUGGGAUUUUUAUGAGCAGACUGUAGCAACCCCAAUGUACAGAUUAAUUCCGCCUCUGAAUCAAUUGGACCUGCUGAGGAAUCUAAAAGGAAGGUCUUUCAGGAAGGAGUCCCAAACAGAAACCUCUCCCAGUCGGAAGGCGAGCCUGAAGGACAAGGUGUUCCCCAGUCCUUCCAAGCCCCCAUUGGCCAAAGGGAAAGACCAGUCUCCUGGACCAGAAGAUGGUCCUGAGAUGAGCCCUGGCAAGGUCGCUAAGAGCUGGAGCUUUACGGAGAAGAACCGAGGACCCAAGCAUUCCUUCAGAGUCCGAGGCAGCGCCUCACGACAAAAUUCAGAGGAGGCCAGCUUUCCAGGAGAGGACAUUGGCGACGACAAGAGUUGUCACUGUGAGUUUCUCGCUCAGGAAUUGCCACCAGGGUUAAGGGUUGCAAUACGAACAAUAUGCAUUAUGACUUUCUUGGUGUCAAAGAGAAGAUUCAAGGAGAGCUUACGACCAUAUGACGUCAUGGAUGUGAUCGAACAGUACUCUGCAGGUCACUUGGACAUGCUGACCCGCAUCAAGAACUUGCAGUCCAGGAUAGAUAUGAUUGUUGGGGCCCCUCCCCCAUCAACACCUCGCCAUAAGAAGUCCACUGAAAGUCCUAGAGUUGACCAAAUAGUGGGUAAAGGUUCAAAAGGUGAGGCUGAGUCUUCAGAGGACCCAAGCAUGAUGGGACGUCUGGUCAAAGUUGAGAAACAGGUGGUCUGCAUGGACAGAAAGCUGGAUUUUCUGGUCCAUGUGUAUAUCCAACGCAUGGGCAUUCCUCGCUCUGAGACAGAGGCCUUUUUUAACUCCAAAGAACACUAUCCAGCACCGCCUUACCACAGCCCUGUGGAGAACAAGGGGAAGGAGGAGAUGGUGAAAGAAGAACGAGAGAUGAAGGACUUCCUGUGCAAUGAUGGGUCUUUAGAGCAGAAAGAGCCUUUAUCGGAUGUGCGUGUGUCGGGAUCAGUGGUUUCCCCGACUGUUAGUCACAGUCGCCCUUCUACCUCGUGGCAGCAUCAGCUGCAGCACCCCGUCAGCCAGCCGGCCUGGAACAGCAGCAUGGCCAAUACCCCUUCGCCCGUCUGUGGCAACGAUUCCCCCCGACUGUUCCGCCUUCCCCCUCCGCCCGCUCCGCUCCAUGACCGUUCCAGCCAAGAAAGCGGCUCUCUCAGCAGGAAACGACACCGGAGGCAGAGGCGGCGCCCACAGGACGCAACCAACGCUGGUAGCGACACGUCCCUCUCCAUUCCGUCUGUGGACCACGAGGAGCUGGAGCGCUCCUUCAGUGGCUUCAGCAUCUCUCAGGCCAAGGAGGAUUUUUUCGGGGCGUCCUUCGUUCUGGGCUCCGGUGGCAAUGGAAGAGGAGAGUCUAUAGCAGGGACUGAAGCCGGAGUCCCACCUCCACUCUGUGCCAAGGUGAGGCCAUUCCUAGCGGAGGGUGAAUCCGACACAGACUCGGACCUCUACGCCCCCUCCCCCCUGUCCUUCACUGGAGAGGCCUCCUGUGGGGAGAGAGGGUGGCCCGGAUUCAAGUAGCGCUGCCCACCUCUGCCCUGCUUGGUAAAGAGGCCAAAAUGGUCACGUGACCCGGAAGCAAAUAUUGUUCAUAAUUUUGACCUGGUGAUUUACAACUGAACAUGGACAAAAUACCCACUCGGAACGAACACUGUCUUUGCCUGGGAUGUACCGGAACACAAUAAGGAAUGUUUUAAUACAGACGUGCAAAACUCAUUUUUGGCAGAGGCCAUAUCGUAGUUAUGGUUUCCCUUGAAGGGCCUCUUGUACUAUCACAUAUACACAACAAAUUCAUGAACGAGUAGUUUUGAAAUCAGAAGCCAGUCGAAAGAAUGUUUGUCCAACUACUUUUCAAUUUAUUUGGAAAAGGAAAGUUGGGAGUGAAAAAUGCUUGCUAUAUCGCAAUGUUAUGAAAAGACAAGUUUGUUCUACUACGUUUUAGUUCAUUUUAAAAGCGAAGUUGGUAACGAAAAAUGCUUGCAAUAUCGCACUGUUAUUAAAAGUCAAAAAGACAAUUUUUGGUACUUUAGCAAGAAACAUGAUGUCGACGCACAUGAUUUGUCACAACAUAGGAAGGGGGGGGGGGCAGAUCUGGCCCCCAGCCUUGAGUUUAACACCUGUUUAAUACUUUGCAUAAAUAUAACAAAUAAUGAUUGCGUUCAUUUGUAAUAUUUAUUUCUAUUUGAGUUAAACCUUCAAGGUAUAGGGUGUUCUACACUUAAAAGAAAUGAGGUGUACUGACUGUAUCUAGUUCUCCACUCAAGAAUAAAUUGAUGAGUGGUAUUAUCUUGCCCAUCAUUUCUUGUAAUUACACAUACUGUAGAAAGCAAAGUUGUGUGUGCAUCAGGAAAGAAUUCUUAGCACAACUUUGUUCACAAUGUGGUGUGUUUCAGCCUUAUUUCAAUGUGUACAUUUUCACUUUUGAUCAAACCCUGACACUCACUCAACACCCCACAUAAACACAUGGUAGCAAGGAAGAACAGAAUGCAAUUUAGGAAAAACAUCAGAUUUAAAAAAGAAAGAGGAGGAGGUUUAGAGGAACAUAUAUUUUCAUUUUUCAUUCAUUUUCCUAACUUCACUUCCAGAAAAAAAAAUGCUAUGGUCCGUCAUGUUCAGGAUCAAGAAAGUAGUUUACUGUUAAAAUACGUCUGGACAAAUGAAAGCAAAUCACUUUUGAUGACAGGUGUACAAAUAAGAGUCCACACUUGGCUUCCUCCCACAUUCAAAAAUAAACAAAAUAUGCCCUUUUAUUAAAUGUUUUGUUACUUACUUUCCAAAAAGCAAACAUGAAAGACGAUAAUGCACCAUGGACGACUGGGCCUUCUGCCAUACAGCCCCUACACUGUGGAACUCCCUCCCCAACCACCUAAGAGCACCCCAAUCUACUGAUUCUUUCAAAACCGGACUUAAACUCACCUCUUUACCUUAGCAUUUCCGUAAUUUCUCUCAUAUCCUGGUUGUUUUAUACUUUCCUUGUUUUGUUUUCUUGGUUUUAUUUCCCAUGUAGCACUUUGAGAUUCCUCCGAAUAUAAAGUGCGUUAUAAAUAUAAUUUAUUAUUCUUAUUCUUAUUAUUAAUGCCAUUAGUAUGCGCCAUUAUGUGAAUGCAAUAGUGGUUUGAUUAAGUCAGCUAAUUUAGAGACAUUAGCUAAAAUUUGCAGGUUGCAGAUCAUUACUCACCCUGCAUUUCCCCCAAGAGAAGCUCCCCCAGUUAUUUAACCAUUCUGAAGCCCCUGCAUGGCAUGUCAAUGGUUGAUUUCAGGUCUCCUUUCUUCUUUUCAGAUUGAAAAAGGCAAAAAAAUGUCAUUUUGCCUUCCAUGCACCAAUUAGGUAAGAUGCUGCUGUUUCCUCUGUACUAAAUGAGAAUAUGCAACAAAAUGCAGCUGACUUAUUUCAGAUUUAAAGGUUCCAAAAUAACUGACAUCUGAAAGUUAAUUUCCAAUGUGGGAUCUUGUUGCAAAUUAAAAAAAGCAUCCACGGUAACACUAAAAGCAUGAAAUGGAAGUGGACAAAGCAUGUUCAGAACUCAUUCACAACAAAGCAACUCAACUGCACACUUAACAAAGUAACAUGAACAUAACAUGAUCACAUUCUGUAACAUUUAGAUUUAUCUCACAGGAUUCACAAUCCAUAUUUUGCAAAAAAUAAAGAAACCACCUCACUGGCAUGUUUGCUACUCGCCAAAGAAGUGUCUCUAAAUACCUUCAUGU